UCAACAAAAAAUAAUAAUAAAAAAAACGAAGUAUAUUUUCUAUAUGCUUCAAAGUUUUGGUGUAAAUACUUUCUUUGGUUAGAUUCUGAGUUUGAGUUUGGUUCUGUCAUCACCGUAGAAAAUGGGAAGUGAGGAUCUGAGAUGGUUCGAGUUGAACACAGGCGCUAAGAUUCCUUCUGUUGGUUUAGGCACUUGGCUUGCUGCACCUGGCGUUGUUUACGAUGCUAUUUCCACUGCUGUCAAUGUUGGAUAUAGGCAUAUAGAUUGUGCUCAAAUUUAUGGAAAUGAAAAGGAGAUUGGUGAUGCCUUGAAAAAGCUGUUUGCUAAUGGAGUAGUUAAACGCGAAGAAUUGUGGAUCACAUCCAAGCUAUGGUGUACCGAUCACUUGCCAGAAGACGUCCCGAAGGCAUUUGAUAGAACCUUACGCGAUUUGCAGCUCGACUAUCUUGAUCUCUACCUUAUUCACUGGCCAGUCAGCAUGAGAAACGGACGUCUUACCAAACCUGACAUACCUAGCACCUGGAAAGCAAUGGAGGCACUAUACGAUACGGGAAAGGCUCGAGCGAUAGGAGUCAGCAACUUCUCCGUGAAGAAGCUUCAGGAUCUUUUGGAUGUUGCGCGUGUUCCUCCAGCUGUUAACCAAGUGGAAUUGCAUCCUUCGUUGCAGCAGCCAAGUUUACACGCUUUCUGUAAAUCCAAGGGAGUGCACUUAUCGGGUUAUUCUCCACUUGGUAAAGGAGUUGAGAGUAAUAUUCUUAAAAAUCCGGUUCUGCAUACAACGGCCGAGAAGUUAGGGAAGACUCCGGCCCAAAUAGCCCUUAGAUGGGGACUACAGAUGGGUCACAGUAUACUUCCAAAGAGCACAAAUACUGCACGGAUCAAAGAAAACAUCGAUCUGUUCGACUGGUCUAUACCAGAAGAUUUGCUAGUCAACUUCAAUGAAUUUCAGCAGGAAAGAGUAGUUCCCGGAGAACAAUUUGUUAGCCAGGAUUCUCCUGGGUACAAAACAAUUGAAGAACUCUGGGAUGGCAAUGGGGAAGGAGCUUCCACUGAGGACGAAUCGUUCGAGUAUUAGAGUUUGUUUGAGUAUUCGUGAGCUUUACACCUCCAUUGCUGUCAACUCAAGAAAUCGGAACCCUCCUUAUUUCCUCUCAAGCCGGUAACGAAACUACACUCAGACAUUAGCUUUGCUUCAUGGGGAACUGCGUUAAAGCUCCAAAAUUACCCUUUCCCGCGACAGAGGAAAAGCAUGCUGGUACAGGUUCCAUCAUUUUGGUGAAAUCUUGAGUGGAGUGUCAUUUCAUCCUUAAAUGCUUAGUUUGCUAUGACACGUCCCUAGAGCAGGCCAAAUCUGAGCAGCAGUCCCUUGAGCAUCAGUCCCUAAGUAAGGAAAUACAUAUCAGCAGCAUACUGGUGUACAUAUCAACAGCUGUGAUCUUCACCAUUGUUUUCAGAUAAAUUAGUUGUUUCCCAAACUGAACUAUCAUCAGGACUAAACAUUACCAUUGUUUAAGUUUCUUAAACUCUACACAUGGCAAAGCUAUGAGAGUUGCCAUCUUUGGAGGGACAUGUCCUUUUGAAAAGGCUAAGAGAUGCAUUAGAAUCUUUGAAAUGCCGUUUUACGGGAAGAAAUAAAGAGGAUGUGGAGAAGGUUAUAUCAAUGGUUUGUUAUUUUACACUACUCCAUGCUUGAGUACAUUACUUUGUUCAAAGUUUGAAAUCAUAUUUCAUUCUUUGCAAUAGCUGAAAAAAGUCGAGUCUUCCAGAUUGAGUUUCCGAGUUAGUGUUUAAAUGGAAGAAAAUGUGACUAUUUGUUGGGAUUUUUAGAACUUGGACAAGUUACAGCUUCCCUACAGGAAGAUUUAAAACAAAAAUGUUUGUAUAGUCAAGAAUAGCCUCUGUUAUCUUCUAUAUCACUAAAUCUUUGAAUUUUA